CUAACGCAAUCCGGAAAUGGAUAGAGUAAAAUAAAUACCUCAAGAUUCCAGUAAACAACUGGAAAAAUAAUUACAACCAUCAGUUACUUCAUUUUAAUACUAAAUUAAUGUUUUAUAAUCAAGGAAUUUAUUCAUUAUAUCGGGAUAUUAAAUAUAUUACACCUGUACUGCCCAACCUCUGUGACCCAGUAAGCCUGCCCCGAAAAAAAUGCCACGCAGACCGACUGAAACUUCCGUACCAGAACAUCUUAUAGUGACCCACUCUGGAAAUGACAAGUCUGCUCCAGUGGUCAAGAAACCUAUGGUCAACUGGAACUGCGCCUACCCCCCUGUACUGUUUCGUGAGGUGCCAUGCUCAUAUGCAAAGAAAGAUAACCCUUAUUAUGUCAGCGAGGGUUCGUUUUGGGAUAACUGGCAGGUUGUAACCUGGGCGCAACACAGCCAUCUUCCAGAAUCAGCCAGGGUACUGAGACAGUGUAGAUUCAAUGGGCAACAACUUCUGAAGUCAGACGCCGUCAAACUUCAAAAUUUCGGUGUGGUGAAUGGAACAGAAGCUAUUAGAGCCCAAGAACAAAUCAGACAGCUGACUCACAGUCUAGACACAGCACAAACUGAGAACAACAGAAGAGCAGUUUAUAACUACACCUCAAUUCUAUCAGGCGAAAGCUUGUGUCCUUGCUACAGCGUAUUGUCCACAUUGUCAACUGACACAUGGGUAGACAACACAUUUAGAAUAUCACAGCUUCCAUUGACUGACUUUAAUGAAAUAACUUCAGACCACCCAACACCUGUACCCAAACAGGUUUAUGAUUUUAGAUUGUUUCCCAUAUUUUAAAUCAAUUCACUGUGGGAGUUGGUCUUCCUCGGAGAUUUCAGCAAGCUGCUUGUAAAACCUUUUAUGUUUAGACCAUCGUGAAAUCGAGUCUAUUGUUUGUAAACAGAACAUCAAAAACAUACGUUUUGUUUCAAAUAUGUUAAUAAAAACAAAGGAAGUUGUAGAGUAUAAUUU